GCCACUUUGGUCGAGUGUAUAUAAACCAGAAGAAGUUCUGAGAUGCAUCAGCAGAUUCAGAGGCUCCACCAUGAUCUCCGUCUCCUCCGUCCUCAUCACUUUGGUGCUGUCCUCAGUCCUGAGCAGCCACCUAGUGGUCGUAGCCAUGCCCGAGACCAAGGGAGAAGAUGCCAUGAUGGAGCAGGACAGCCUGGGUUCGUUACUGGGGGAGGAGAGCCUGACGGACCGAGCCAUGCUUCCAUCAGCGUAUGCUAACGGCCUGAUGUUGAACAACUACAGAGCAGACGACGGAAACCCUAACGUUCUAAUUUUCUCGGACAUGCGGCAAAAAGGACAGGGCAUUCGUGGGCUGAGUCCAGGUUUUACCCGAAGCCUUCCUCAAAUCACAGACCGAAAGAUGAACCAGUCCCCGGGCGAAUAUAGUCUGAAAAUGGAUCGACGAAACACUGAACUUGACAUGCUGCGCUGCAUGAUAGGCAGAGUUUACCGACCCUGCUGGGGAACCUCCAACUGAACGCAUCAUCAAAAAUCCAAUACCUUAUUGUUGUGUGUUUGGAUCUUUCUAUUCAUUUUCCUUGUACAAACAAAUAAUUGUGCACAGAACAUAAAACAAAAUAAAAAAUGUAUUUAAUCGAACAUUUGCAGCGUAUUUACAGUGAUGUUUGUAAAAGACAAUCAAUGUACAACCAAUGAUGCUGUCAUUACACAAAAAAUCUCUAAUAUACCGUGACAAGAUUGCUAUCAAUAAAAAAAGCUGAAAAUGUCACAUCACAAGAUCCAAAAUAAUUUAAAAAAACAUCAAAAAACAAA